CGUGAAAAGAGGUAAAUAAAGAGCAUUUUUAAUGGAAACUGUUGUGGCUCGAUGAGGCAAUGAGAUAAAAUGACUGACAGCUCAUACGAAAAGGUCUUGGAAGAUUUAAAAAAUUUUAUAACGGAGACAAAAUUACUUUUAGAAAAAGUUACGAAAAUGCGUAUUGAAUGUAAGGAGUCGCAAAUGAAUAUGCUUCGAUUAUUCAAUCCUAAAUGUAUUAAGAUACUUGAAAUUUCAAGCGAAGCAUCUUCCAAAAAUAUGAAUCAAUUUAACAAGAAUAAUAAAACCGCCCAAAUGAAUAUUAAAAGAAGUUAUAAGGCACAAUGUGAGAAAAAAAUGAUUCACAAGUAAUUGAAAACGCUUGGCAAAGGACAAUGUGCAUUAUAUUGUAAUUAUUAAUUAUAAUAUGUAACUAAACUUACUAAUGGUACAAUAAAGCUUAUAUGAAUUGA